GCCAUCCAGGGCCACGUCCCUCAACUUCUGCGGGGAAGCCCAAUCUACUCUAGAAAAGCAAAACCGAUCGCCGUGGCCUUCUGACUCCCUGCGGGGCCCAGCCCUCCCAAGCACCACUUACGCUGAGCAACGUUGCCCGGGCCAUGUCACACCGAGCGCGUCCGCGCCUCUCAACCAUUCCUUUGUUAUCGUCGCUGCAUUCCGUGGAGCGUUGGUUAGUGGAACGGCGUUUGCAUGUGACUAAGAUCGUGUAUCCACAGCUAGCUGAGCAACAACUGGGCCGAGUAGGGUGUACAUGUAGGUAUAUAGAGCGCCCUGCAACCGCUCACCGUUCUAUCGCUCAUCCGUCCUCUCAUUUUCGUCCUUCUCCUGUACCUUUUAAAUCAGGAAUUCGUUGAAAUGUUGGCCCAACACCCUCACGACAUCACUCUCCCUAAAUUCGCUAAACCUGAGGUCAAAGUCUCGGUGACGGAAAAGCAAGAACCCAGCCAAAUCGCCCAGGCAUGGCUCGAUAAAUUCUCUUCUAUUCUCUCAAGCGGCGACGCGUCGCGCAUCGCUAGCAUAAUUCAUCCCGAUAGCUGGUGGCGCGACUUCCUCGCUCUGACCUGGGACUUCCGGACCGUUCGCGGCGCACCCAAGAUCACCGAAUUCCUCUCCAAGAACAUCAGCGCUGGCUUCUCCAACCUCAAACUCCAGGAUGAGGGCAAGGCAUUUGCGCCAAGCAUCCAGACCCCUCUUGAGGGACUGGAUUGGGUGGAGAGCAUGUUCCACUUCGAGAAUAAAGUCGGCCGUGGAAAGGGCUUUCUCAGACUCGCCCAGGGAGAGGAUGGUGCCUGGAAGGCCCACUUUAUUAGCACUAGCCUGCAGGAGUUGAAGGACCAUGAGGAGGUUGCAGGAGAUAAGAGACCGCAUGGCGGGAAGAACUCGCUUAAGGGAGGUAUCAUCGAGGGUAACUGGCAGGAGAGGAGGGAGAGACAGAAGGAGUUUUUGGAUGGGGAGCCUGACGUUUUCAUCAUCGGAGCCGGACAAUCCGGUCUCAACAUGGCCGCCCGUCUUCAAGCCCUGAACAUGUCCGCACUCAUCGUCGACAAGAACGCACGCAUCGGCGACAACUGGCGACACCGCUACCGUACCCUCGUAACCCACGACCCCGUCCAAUAUACUCACAUGGCUUUCAUGCCCUUCCCCUCGAACUGGCCGCUCUUCACGCCCAAGGACAAGCUCGGCGACUGGUUUGAGUCAUACGCCUCUAUGAUGGAGCUCAACGUCUGGAUGUCUACCACCAUCUCGAAAGCUUCAUACUCCGAUGCCGAGAAGAAGUGGACGGUAACCGUGAAACGCGCCAACGGAAGCGAGCGAACACUACAUCCCAAGCAUGUAAUCUUCUGCACCGGCCACGCCGGUGAGCCCAAGGUCCCAACUUUCCCGGGCCAGGGCACGUUCAGGGGCACCGUGUCCCACGCCUCGCAGCACAAGGACGCUUCUACCUACCAAGGCGACCUCAAAGGCAAGAAAGUUGUCGUCGUUGGUACCGGGAAUUCCGGCCACGACAUCGCGCAGAACUACUACGAAGCCGGCGCCGGCCCGGUAACUAUGGUCCAACGCCGCGGCACCUACGUUAUCCAAGCUGACAAGGGCCUCUUCAUGCUGCACGAAGGUCUCUACGACGAGCACGGUCCGCCAACCGAGGACGCCGACGUGUACGGCCAGUCGCUCCCCAUCCCCGUGCAGUUCGCACUCAACAUCGGCCUCACCGAGCGCAUCGCAGAGCGCGAGAAAGAAAACCUCGAGGGCUUGAAGAAAGCAGGCUUUGAAGUCGACUUCGGCCACGACGGCUCCGGCAUCUACCGCAAGUACAUCACGCGUGGCGGCGGCUACUACAUCGACGUCGGCGCCUCGCAGCUCAUCAUCGACGGCAAGAUUAAAGUCGAGCAGUCGCCUGACGGCAUCAAGGGCUUCGACGAGACCGGGCUCAUUCUCGCCGACGGGCGCAAGCUCGACGCCGACAUCGUCGUCCUCGCUACGGGCUACGACAACAUGAAGACGAGCGUGGAGAAGGCGCUAGGACCGGAGGAGGCGAGCCGCUGCAAGGACGUGUGGGAUCUAGACGACGAGGGCGAGGUGAACGCUAUGUGGAGGCCGAGCGGGCAUCCGGGACUAUGGUUCUUUGGCGGCAGUUUGGCGCUGUGUAGGAUUUAUUCGAGGUUUUUGGCGCUGCAGAUUAAGGCGAGGGAUCUGGGUUUGUGUACGGUGUGAACGUUGCGGGACACCAGUGCAAGGAUAUUUCUUCUUUGACGCUGUAAAGCGACUCCUGGAGGCUUUCAGUGGGUAAUGGGAACUUUGGAAUGCUACGUGCCGGAUCGCUGCGAGUGCAUAGCACUGAACUCUGAGGGCAUCACGUUUUCCAAAUAUUGCUUGAACAUGCCGAGAGCAUGCGCGGAUGCUUGCCAUGGGUCUCCUAUGCAAAUUGGAGCCCGGAGACCUUCAGAUACUAAUACAG